AUGACCAGUUUCAGCAACUUGAGCUCUUCCAUCGCUACGCUUGUUGUCGGUUCUGAACAGCGUCUUUUUGCUGCCCACGAAAACAUUCUCUGCGCAAGCCCCUUCUUCAGCAAUGCACUUCGAAAACUCUAUACCGAUCCUUCCACAAAGAGAAUUUCUCUUCCAGAAGAAGAACCCGAGAUUUUUAGCUCAGUGCUAGAGUUCAUGUACAAAGGAGAUUAUUUCCCCCGCUUGGUUCACAACAAGCGACGAGAUAGUUGGGAAUUGGAGCCCAUCAACGACGAUGAUAGAAAGACUGCAGAGAGCACAGUCUAUCAUCGCAGCGUUGAUGGUGAUCUGCUCAAGGACACUGUCAUUUAUUGUGCCGCCGAACGAUAUGGACUGGAUGAACUAAAGAAGCUAUCUCUACGCAAGCAAGGUCUGCAAUCUGGCAUCCAGUGCAGCACUAUCCUUGCCUCGGCAAGAUAUGCAUAUGCCAACACUCCCGAGACCGACUCCAAACUGCGAGCACACUAUUUGGCUUUGAUCAUCCGAUCCCGUAGCACUUUCAAGCGAAGUGGCACAAUGCAGUUGGAGAUGUUCAACGGAGGCACACAAUUGUUCUUCGAUCUCUUUGUAGCCCUCUGCAACCACGUCGAUGAUAUCUCAUCCGUACAGUAG